AUGGCCGCUAUCAAUUCUACCAGAUCCAAGGAUGUCAUCUCGAAAAGAAAAUUGAUGCGACAAAAACAAUGCCGUCGCAAAACAAGUCUGAUGAAAAAGGCAUACGAAUAUAGUAAAAUGUGCAGCGCAGAUGUAUGCGUGGGAAUUCGUAUCCGAGAGACGGGCCAGCGGAUACUUCGGGAUUUUGGGCUUUCCUUGGCUCGCAAUUGGUAUGUCUCCAACUAUGGCUCUGAUGAAACAACGACUGACCUAUCAAGAACUCCUACUAUCCAAUCCCAAUAA